GCCAGACUGACCAGCCGCCAUCUCCAGAAAUGUUUAUACUGACUGGAGGAACUGAGAGGUUCGGAGAAGUAGAGGAUCAGCUGAAGAAAGUUCUAAGAACCACAGAGGUCAGGCCCCGGGGUCACGUCCGAGGAGGGUGUGUAAGCCAAACCCAGAUAUUCGAUACGGAAAAAGGGAGAGUGUUCGUGAAGAUAAAUCGUGGGACGCAGGCCAGGACUAUGUUUAAUGGGGAAGUUGCCAGCUUGGAAGAGAUCCGGAAAACAUGCACCGUGCGAGUGCCGGAACCCAUUGCAGUAGCCGAUCUCCCAGCAGGCGGGGCCCUCCUCAUUAUGAAACACAUUGAGAUGCGACAGAUAAGCCAAUUUGCUGAUAAACUGGGGGAGCAGCUGGCUGACAUGCACCUUCACAACCAGAUAUUGUUGAAGACGGCACAGAAACGGAGAGGGACAAUUGGGAAAUGUUCUGCAGACCUUCAGCCAGUGGAGCUGUUCGGCUUUCAUACCACCACCUGUUGUGGAUACAUUCCCCAGGUCAAUGAUUGGCAGGAGGACUGGGGAACUUUUUUCACCUCUCAGCGUCUGCAACCUCAGGUCAGAUUAAUCGAGAAGAACUAUGGUGACCGGACGGUCCUGGGACUUUGGUCAGAGCUGCAGGUGAAAGUUCAGAAUGCUUUUAAAGACACUGUAAUUGUCCCGUCCCUUCUACAUGGAGAUUUAUGGGAAGGCAACACUGCAGAAGAUGAGAACGGACCAAUUCUCUUUGACCCAGGCUCUUUUUACGGCCAUUCGGAGUGCGACUUGUCUAUCGGGGAGAUAUUUGGGGCUCAGUGCACUCAGUUUUACUCGGCCUAUCACAGGAAAGUUCCCCAGGCUUCUGGAUACGAGGUCCGGCUGAGGCUGUACCAACUCUUCCACUCUUUGAAUAACUGGAACCACUUUGGAUUAGCGUUCAGAGGAACCACUGAGAACCUGAUGAGAUGCCUUCUCCAGGUUUUGUAAAU